AUGGCUACUAGCAAAAGUCCACCGUCCAAAGUAUCUACCUCAAAAAAUAAAAAAACAAUUGAAUCCAUCACUCCUAAUCUUGAAUCAUUUACAUGUUUAUGGCUUGAUCAGAAUGUUGAUUUGACACAAGAUAACCGAGAUACUCAACAAGAACUUCGUAAAAUCAUCAAUCAUCUUCAAACAUUUGAUAAUAGUGAUGAAUGUGAGGAGUAUAUUCGAAAGAUCACUCAAGAAAAAAUUGUUCUGAUUGUAUCAGGUGCAUUAGGUCGACAAGUCGUACCUCGACUUCAUGAUCUUCCACAAUUUUCUGCUUGUUAUGUUUUUUGUCAAGAUAAGAAGGCCAAUGAACAAUGGGCUAAUAAAUACUCCAAGGUCAAUGGUGUUUUUGUUGAACGUGCUAAACUCGUUGCUCAAAUCUCUAAAGAUCAAAUCGCUCGAGCUAAAGUGGAAGAUGGUGCUUCAAUAUCAGUAAUUACCUCUGGUUCUCAAACUCUUCAAGCUCGUAAUGCUAUUUUUAUGUGGUUCCAGUUAUUUAUUGAAGUUCUUCUUCGUAUGCAUCAUAAGUCUAGUGAUCGUAAAGAACUUAUUGAUAUUUGUAAGAAUAGUUAUAAAAAUAACGAUGAAGAGAUGAAUAUCAUUGAUGAAUUUGAAAAGAACUAUCAAGCAGAAAAUGCAAUAUGGUGGUAUACACGUGAAUCAUGUUUUUAUCGAAUGAUGAAUAAAGCGUUACGUGUUCAAGAUUUUGACAUCUUAUUUACUCUUCGAUUUUUUAUCACGGAUAUCGCCAAGCAGAUAACAAAUGAAUACCAAAAAUUUAUUCGUACCAGCGAGACUCGAAAUAUUAUUCGAGUGUAUCGUGGUCAAAUAAUUGGAAAUGAUGAACUUAAAUUAAUGAAGAAUAAUAUCGGUGAGUUUCUUUCGAUGAAUUCAUUUUUAUCGACUAGUCGUAAUCGAUCAACUGCUCUUCAUUUUGCUCGACUAACUCCAGCUAUUGAGGGUAUUCAACGAAUCAUCCUUGAAAUUGAUAUUGAUCCACGUUUACAAACUAAGGCUUUUGCUGACAUAACAAAAAUAAGUUAUUUUCAACAUGAAGAUGAACUAUUGAUUAUGUUGGGCGCCUUAUUUCGCAUCGAAAAAGUUAUUGAAGAUAAGAAGGAUCGAGUAUGGGUGGCUCAUGUAUCUCUUGCAAGUGAGGACGAUUUUCAUCUAAAAGAGACAUUUGCUCAUAUGAAAGGAACCAUAGGUGAUGAUACUGAUUUGCAUUCUCUUGGUAAAAUUCUAAUCGAGAUGGGUGAGUAUGAUCAAGCGCAAAAAUGUUACGAUUUGAUGAUGCGAGACUUACAGCUUGGCGUCAGUAGAGCAUAUGGGGGGCUCGGAAUGGUCGCUUUUAGAAAAAAGGAUACGAAUCAGGCACUUGAGUAUGUGCGAUCAGAACAAGCCAUCAAAGAAUCUAUUUUACCGAAAGAUCACGCUGAUUUAGGGACCUUAUAUAGUUUUAUUGGGGGACUACAUUGGUCUAAUUCUGAUUGCGACCAAGCUUUAGUUUACUUGAAUAUGGCUCUUAAGAUUCAAGAAAAGGCAAACCCAAUUGAUCUUCAUAGCUUAGCUAAAACCUACAAUAGAAUGGCUGUUACGUACGACGAGAUGAAUGAACAUGACUUAGCUUUAGAGUAUUACAACAAAUGUCUCAAGAUCCAAAAAGCAACACUGCCACCUGACCAUCCUCAAAUAGCUAAGACAUAUAAUAAUUUCGGUUGCAUGUUUCGUGACAGAGGAGAUUAUGUUCAAGCGAUGGAGUACUAUCAAAUAUCUCUUUCCAUCAGUCGAAAAACUCUGCCACCUACUCAUGAAGACAUCGUUCGAACUGAAAAUAAUAUUCGUGAGUUGAAGGAUAAAAUGAAAAAAUAA